AUGUCCUCCAGCUCCACGAUGCCGACUGGCCCACGCAGUGCACUCGACGCUUUUAUUUUCUAUUUGGAGUCCUUCAAGCCUGCGAAGAACAAUGUUCAGCUGUUUCGUAAACAGAAUGUUUUAUGCGAAGUCCGGAAUCCUUCGAGUCAAGUCGAUCUACUGGUGCGAGCUUUAGAGAACGAAAUGCCGACGAACGUCCAAGCUCUCUAUGGCGGCAUCCCUGGCCCGAAAGACGCGGCGAAGGAAAGAUCCGGCACCAGGACCCCGACCGAGACGACGGACGAGCUCGAGGAAUCGAACGAAGUGAUAGAAGACGGAGACGGCUGUCCUAACGACGCCGACGACUGUCCUAACGACGCCGACGACGAGCACAGUGACCCAUCGUACGCUCCUCAUCGGCGGGCUCGACUGCGAUCGUCUCGGAAAACCUCGUCAGUCGACGAGCUGAGCAGGCCGAAGAAGAAGCGGGGCUCAGGUGCGAGGCCUUUCAGAUGCGAAAUAUGUAAUUCCGGUUUCGGGCACGAGUCGACGCUACGGAAUCAUCGUAGAAUACACACAGGCGAGAAACCCCACCAAUGCCCGGUGUGCUGCAAAGGAUUCUCUCAAAUAGGCAACAUGAAACGACACAUGGCCCAACACACGAAUCUCGCUCUAUCGUGUCAGCACUGUUCCGUGGUGUUCGCUUCCAAAAGCCUUCUAGAUGCACACAUGCGCUCUUGUCGCUCCGGGGACCGUUUUAGAUCGUCGUCGUCGACGUCAUCCUCGUCCAGGCCUCCGAGGGCGACUGUUCUUCAACAGCAACAAGACGUUGAACAAAAGCAACAAAAGAAACAAGUCCAACAUACGAAUGCCUACCCAUCGGGCAUACAGACGUCGUGGCCCUCUCAAAAACCCGGGAAAGAUCCUAGGCUCUGGACCAUGUAUCCCUGUCCCCACUGUGAUAAGGUACUGACUUGGCAAUAUGACUAUCGCAAUCACGUCGAAGGACAUCGCCGACUCUCUUGCGACAUAUGCGGCAAAGCUGAUUUCAAGAACUCAGCCGCGCUCUCGAGUCAUGCUCGCUCGGCUCACUGA